UCAAAACAUGUUGGUCUUCCCGUGACUGUACGUUGUGUUUUCCAUAUUUCCAGCAUGACAGUGAGCGUUAUAACGCUCUGAUUGUGUAAUUCUGUAGAAGGCUCGACACAGCGCAUUACGGUGAGAUGGAAACUCUGAUUCCCAUCAUUAACAGACUGCAGGAGGUUUUCCUCACAGUUGGAGCCGAGAUCAUCCAGCUUCCUCAGAUCGUAGUCGUGGGGUCACAGAGCAGUGGAAAGAGUUCAGUACUGGAGAGUUUGGUUGGACGAGACUUUCUGCCCCGAGGUUCAGGAAUAGUGACUCGGCGCCCUCUAGUGCUACAGCUGGUGAACGUGCCUCCGCUGGAGGAGAGGCGGAAACAAGACAAUGGGAAUGGAGCUCAACACAACAGCCAAAACAAUUAUCCAGGUAUCAAAGCAGAAGAAUGGGGCACUUUCCUUCACUGCAAAAACCAGAUUUUCACCGAUUUCAGUGAAAUCCGGAAAGAGAUCGAGGAGGAAACGGAUCGCAGUACCAAUAAUAAGGGCAUCAGUCCAGAGCCCAUUUACCUGAAGAUAUAUUCCCCUAACGUACUCAGUCUGACGUUAGUUGACUUGCCUGGCAUCACUAAGGUCCCUGUUGGUGACCAGCCUGAAGAUAUCGAGACUCAAGUGCAAGAGAUGAUUCUGUCCUACAUCUCCAACCCCAACUCCCUCAUCCUGUGUGUCUCUCCUGCAAACUCUGACCUCGCCACAUCGGAUGCCCUUAAACUGGCACGAGAGGUGGACCCAGAUGGUCGCAGGACGCUGCUGGUGGUGAGUAAGCUGGAUCUGAUGGACGCGGGGACAGAUGCUCUGGAGGUGCUGCUGGGCCGGAUCAUACCCGUCAGACUGGGCAUUAUCGGUGUGGUUAACAGGAGCCAACAUGACUUGAACAUCCAAAAGAGUCUCGACGACUCGUGCAAAGACGAGCAGGUGUUCCUGCAGCGGCAUUACCCGUCAUUAGCUUCCCGCUGCGGCUCGCGCUACCUGGCUCGCACCCUGAGCCGACUGCUCAUGCAUCACAUCAGAGACUGUCUCCCGGAGCUCAAGACGCGAGUCACGGUGCUCACCGCCCAGUACCAGUCCCGACUCAACAGCUACGGCCAGCCAGUGGAAGACCACAGCGCCACCUUGCUGCAGAUCGUCACUAAGUUUGCCACCGACUACUGCAACACCAUCGAAGGCACUGCCAGACACAUCCAGACCUCUGAAUUGUGUGGAGGAGCUCGUAUCUGUUACAUAUUCCACGAGACGUUUGGAAGAACCCUGCAGUCUAUUGACCCACUUGGAGGGCUCACCGAGCUAGACAUUCUCACAGCUAUUCGAAACGCUACGGGUCCUCGGCCGGCGCUGUUUGUUCCUGAGGUCAGUUUUGAGCUGCUGGUGAAGAAACAGAUCAAGAGACUGGAGGAGCCCAGCCUGCGCUGUGUAGAGCUCGUACACGAGGAACUUCAGAGAAUCAUUCAGCACUGCUCUGCCUACAGCACACAGGAGCUCUUGCGGUUUCCCAAACUGCAUGACUCGAUUGUGGAGGUGGUUACCAGCUUACUCAGGAAACGCCUGCCCAUUACCAAUGAGAUGGUUCAUAAUCUAGUUGCAAUCGAGUUGGCCUAUAUAAACACCAAACAUCCUGAUUUCACAGACGCUGCCCAAGUGUCUGCAUCUGUCAACAGCCAGCAGGCGGAGGCUGGGGAUGGAGGUAAGCGAUGGAAGAAUGAGAAGAUGCCGUCAGAGGACAAAGGCCCCGUGCCGGGGUUUGGGAGUCCCACUAAAGCCAUCAACCUGCUGGACACGGCCGUGCCAGUAUCCCGCAAGCUGAGCACUCGAGAGCAGAGGGACUGUGAGGUCAUCCAGCGGCUCAUCAAGUGCUACUUCCUGAUCGUGCGCAAGAGCAUCCAGGACAGUGUGCCAAAGACGGUGAUGCACUUCCUGGUGAAUUUUGUGAAGGAGCAUUUGCAGAGUGAGCUGGUCGGUCAGCUCUACAAACAGCGUCUGCUGCAGCAGCUGCUCAUCGAGUCUCAGGAAACUGCUCAGCAGCGCACAGAGGUUGCACACAUGCUGGAGGCGCUCAAGAAAGCCAGUAACAUUAUCUCAGAGAUCCGGGAGACUCAUCUUUGGUAGCCAAACGUUCUCAUGAACAUUCUGUCCAGGAAAGUGUUUACAUGUUUGUGCGUGCUGUAUGUGUGUGAGUGUACGACAUAGGUCAAAUACAUCAUCUGAAGAAAUUCAAUGCCUCUGCCAGCAUGAACAUUCAACAAAAUGUGUACAGUUUUCCAAAUAGCCCUUAUUUCUACUGUAUAUGCACUGAUUCCAUAGCUGUGUGUUUGACAGAGGUCAAAAGUGUGAGUGCGUUUAUACUCAGUAGUGAACAUAUCAAGUCUAUGUCGUUAUCUUCAAUAUCAUAAAUGCAUCGUAAUGGUUUUUCGCCAUUAUGAUAAAUACUCUUUCAGUUAGCGUUAUAAGAAUUAAGUAAUGUCUCAAAUGCUACUAAGGGCAUCCCAAGAACAAUCGAGCUCUCAUACGCUCACAUGACUGAAAACAGGAAUCACACAAUGAACGUCGUUAUUUUUUCAUCAUUUACGCAACAUGUCAUUCCAAACCGUGUGAUACUCUAGAAUACAAGAGAUGAAAAAUAUUCACGCUGUUUUUUUUUUCCCAUUCAGUGAAAACAUUAAAGGCUUUCAAGUUCUGAAAUGGACUAAAAGCAACAUAAAUGUAGCAUAAAUCAUCAUAAAAGUAGUUAAUGGGACUCAUUCAUUAGUUUUAUGUGAGGAACAGACUGAAAUCUAAGUCAUUAUUCACUGAAUAUAGAUGUGGAAUGACAUGACGAUGAGUAAUUGACAGAUUUGAGUGAACUAUUCCUUUAAUACGCUGUAAAUAUCAUGUAAUAAAUGUGGUGUCCAGAUUUACAGUAAAUAUAAGAAACAAAAAACUGCCCCUUUAUUAGAUUUGGUUGCAUUUGUCCAUGUUGGCACAGUUGUAUGCUACAUAUAAGCUUAAGUUAUCACAGCCAAUAUGGGCUAAAAACAAAAGCAGUGCUAAUAUAUUUGAUAAUGUGAAUGAAACUCAAAUAUGAUGUUACAUUUAGAAUAAUUAAUGAUGUAACGCGUGACUGGUGUCUAGACGUGGUGCAAAUAAAUAGUAGUGCAGUGUGAAGAGCCACAGAACAAAGAGCCAUUGUGUUUGGUUGUGCUCUGAAACACUUCAAACCGCGCUUGAAUGUGCCGGAGACUUGACUGCCAUGUAAUAUUUAUGCUUGUGUGAAUAUUUAUUGUGAGAGUGAGUACGCCUGUGUCAAAGAAGGUCAAAUAAGGAAGAACAAACUAAGAUAUGAAAACAUUGGCUGUUUGACGCAUUGAACACCAAGAAUGAAUAGUGUUUAGUGUCAAAUACAAACAGAGCAAAAUUAAUGCCCAGCACAAAUGUGGGCAGUGGGGCUGUAGAGAAUUUGGUAGUUAUUGUAUUGCCUGCUAAAACCAAUAUUAAUUUGUGUGGGUGUUUAUGUUGGGGACAAUGUUGCAUAUUCUUUCAUUUAUUUCUUGUGAUGGGACACAUUAUGCUUCAAACAUUAUGCACCUCUACCAACCAAUCAAUCGUAAAAAAUAGGCAUGCCAGGAAGGGGGAUAAAUAAAAUCAACAUAAACAUAUUUAUAUGCAUUGUCAAAUACCUGAAAGCUAAUAAGCAUGCAUUUCUCGUUGACCUCAAACUUUAUACUGUUACAUUGUGUCCUGCCUCAUAUUUAUUUUUAUAUUUCAGUGGAUAUGUGUGACGCAGUGAGGAUGUACUGUAGAGGUGUUGUAAAUUUCAAGAGGUUUAAUCAGUUUACUUAUUAGGCUGCUUGAGUGAAGUAGGAUCCGUAGAAACGCUUCAGAGGUUGAUGGGUUUUAAUGAGCCCCGUUGCAAUCUCAGCACUAAUUACAUGAUGUAUGUUUCCUGAAGCUGAAAUCUGCACUGCAGUCUGAUCCUGAAUAGACUCUAGCAAUUUUGUGAAUCUCAUGGAACCUGUCAAUAACAUAUUCAGGUCAUUUUUUGCACUAAAAUUAAAAGAAAAUAUGAAAAUCAUAUUUUGCAUCUAGAAAGCCUAUUUCUAAAAACAUUGGGAUUUUGCACUGUAACAAUUUUCUUCACAAUUAAGCACAGAAAUUCCCCAAAUUGCCAUUAUUUUAUAGGGGUGGUUGGUUGUGAUUUCACUUUUUUAACAUUAGUUAGUAUGUAAUGUUAUAGCAUAAUAUAGCUUAAACAAUAUCUGCAAAAUAUAGCAUAAACAAUAAACUAAAUAUAGCAUAAACAAUAUCUGCAGAGUUACAACACUGAAAGUUCAGUGCAAACGGAGAUAUCGUCUUUUAAAAUGAUGGCAGUUUAACGCCUACAAAAACUGUCUUCUAAUAAAUCUAAUGGAUUCACAAGUUUCAAAAUCAAUGUUCUAAAGCAACGGUUCUUAAUACUGUUCCUCGCG